GUGAUGUGUAUGGACUCGUAUGAUAUGUCACAUCUGGAACACGAGGCCCUGCUUUUGGUGGUGACGUCCACUUUCGGAAAUGGAGAUCCGCCAGAAAACGGCGAAGUAUUUGCCCGACAGCUGCAGGCCAUCAAAAUGACCGGCGAAACGACGCCCGACAUCGAGAGUGUCCGCCAUAUAUCAGCCACUUAUCUGAGAAUAUCGGUCGACUCGUCGGAUGUGCCCAACUCUGGCAUCAAUGAUAUGGACAACAUUAACCCUAUCGGCCCUCUAAGCAAUAUAAGAUUUGCAGUGUUUGGGUUGGGAUCGAGCGCUUACCCCAACUUCUGUGCGUUUGGCCGCUAUUUGGACACAAUGUUGUCUGAAUUGGGCGGCGAACGGAUCCUGAAGGUGGGCAGCGGUGAUGAGCUGUGCGGUCAGGAACAGUCAUUCGGCGACUGGGCGUCCAUCGCCUUUGAGGUCGCCUGCGAUGUCUUCUGCAUAUCAGAUGAUCUUAAUCUGAAGGAAGUGAUGAAAUCAGCGACUCUUAAGCCCCAAAUAUGGUCUAAAGAUAAUGUAAAACUCGUACCAUAUUAUGGAAACACCAUUCAAGACAUUUGCAAAUGUCUGUCAAAGGGUCCGUCGAGACAAGCGAUUGAGUAUAAGAUGAUGAAUAGGGUUCCCCUACAAGACGGCGAGAUUGACGGCCGGACCACAGUUUUGGUCGAAUUAGAGGCCAUUAAUGCUCGACAGACGUCCACUUUCUAUAUGCCGGGCGACCAUUUGGGUGUGUAUCCAGAGAACCGACGUGAACUCGUGGACGACAUACUCGCACACUAUAGCGACGACUAUAAUGUGGAUCAAGAGUACAGUAUAUUUGUUAGAGUGAAUCAAAUGGACGACAAGAAUAACGGGACGGAAGCGGAGAAAUGGAUUCCCAACGAGAAGUUGGCGAUCACUUCACUGCGAGAGGCGUUGACCAGAUAUAUGGACGUCACGACUCCGCCGACACAACAGUUACUCACUCUGUUUGCCGUUAACGCCACGAACCCGUCGGAUAAGGCGCGACUCAAGCAGUUGGCCACCGAUUCGGCCCGAUAUGAAGAGUGGAAGGCUUCGUGUUUUCCAAACCUUCUGGAAGUGCUGAAUGAGUUCCGGUCGCUAAGACUUCCUCCUGAGUUAAUCCUCACACAAUUGCCUCCAAUUCAGUCGCGAUUUUAUUCGAUAUCGUCGUCACCGUUGAUGAGUUCUUCGGCGCGCAUCGAUCUGACUGUGGCUGUCGUCAAAUACGUGACCCAUUCGGGUGCCCAACACUACGGCGUUUGCUCUAACUAUUUAAACGAAAUCAAAAGCGGGCAUUCGGUCUAUGGGUUCAUCCGAUCGGCGCCCAACUUCCGGCUCCCCGACGACCGAACGGCACCCAUAAUAAUGGUCGGACCCGGCAGUGGAAUCGCUCCCUUCCGCGGCUUUUGGCAGCACAGGUCCAAACUGAUUGAGACAAAGCGAGAGGACCGCAACAAACUGAGCAAGAUGACUUUGUUCUUUGGCUGCCGAUCGCCAUCUAUGCAAUUGCACGCCAAAGAGGUUCAGAUGAUGGUCAACAACGGCAUCAUUUCGCAGAGUUUUAUAGCCUAUUCCCGAGUUUCCGGACAUUCAAAACGUUACGUUCAGGACUGUCUGAAGAGUCAAUCUCAACAGAUAUACCACGAGUUGAUCCACGAAAGGGGACACUUCUUUGUUUGCGGUGAUGUUUCGAUGGCUGAAGAUGUCUGCAAAACCUUAAAGUUUAUACUAAAAGACAAUGGUAUCGAUGACCCGGAGAUAGCACUCCUCUCAUUGAAGGUAUUUGACGCCCGAUAUGUCACUACUGCUCGUGAGAUGUUUGAAGCGCUCUGUAAUCAUAUAAAAUAUGCCACAAAUAAAGGAAAUCUGAGGUCUGCGAUCACUAUAUUUCCCCAGAGGAUCGGCAAAAGAGAGUUCAGAGUAUGGAAUCUGCAGUUGAUUUCAUACGCCGGGUAUGAGAACAUAGAGACGGACGGUUCGGGCGCACAGACACCGACGCCCUCCUCCCAAAUCAUCGGCGAUCCCAUGAAUGUGGAGUUCACUCAAUUGUGCGAAAGACUCGGAUGGAAAGGAAAGCGUACGAAAUGGGAUGUAUUGCCUCUCGUGCUGUCAGUUCCCGAUGAAGAUCCACAAGUAUUCACACUCCCGGAGGAACUGGUGCUACGCGUGCCUAUCUCUCAUCCGAGGUGUGUCUAUAUGUCCUUUCAUUCACUAAAUACCCGACAAAUUCCGUUUAAAUGCUUUGAGGAGUUGGAUAUCCAGUGGUAUGCGUUGCCGGCCGUGUCUAACAUGAUGUUUGACGUGGGAGGCCUGGAAUUCCCUGCCUGUCCAUUCAGUGGCUGGUAUAUGGUGACCGAGAUCGCCACCAGAGAUUUAUGCGACCCUCAGAGAUAUAAUAUUCUCGAGGAAGUGGCGGUACGGAUGGGUUUGGAUGUGCGGACCAACUCUUCGCUGUGGAAGGACUUGGCUAUUGUCGAGUUGAACAUCGCUGUGCUGUUCAGCUACCAGAAGGCCAACGUGACGAUCGUCGACCACCACACGGCCGCCGAGUCAUUCAUGAAACACUUGGACAACGAACAGCGGUUAAGGGGCGGCUGUCCGGCCGACUGGGUGUGGGUCGUGCCGCCCAUAUCCGGGUCACUGACGCCGGUGUUUCAUCAGGAGAUGUUGUACUACGAGCUGAAGCCGUCGUACGAGUAUCAGGAGCCGGCGUGGAGGACACACGAGUGGCACAUCACUCCCGGCGCCCAACUGUCCCGCAACAGCACUAACGGGACGGGAACUCCACGCAAAUUGCGGUUCAAAGAGAUCGCCCGAGCGGUCAAAUUCACGAGCAAUCUGUUCGGCAAAGCGCUGUCCAAACGGAUCAAAGCGACCAUUUUGUACGCAACGGAGACCGGAAAGUCUGAACUCUUCGCCAAACGCUUGGCCCAUAUAUUCCUCCACGCGUUCAACGUUUCC